AUGGCGUCCGAGGAUGAAAAGGAAUACUCCAAGCCCAUCCACGACAAUGGCGACAACAACAUCAACACAGAUACCAAACAACCACAGCAGCAACAGCAGCAACCUGCCGGCGAACAUGUCCUACCCUCCGUCAAAGGCAAGCCAUGGAUGUACAAACCCCUCAAAAUCGGCCCUUGGAGACUUCCCUGGUAUGCCUCGCCCGAAACCCAACUGCUCAUGGUCUCCUUCGUCUGCUUCCUCUGUCCAGGCAUGUACAACGCCGUCAGCGGCCUGGGGGGAGGUGGACAAGUCAAUUUCCGAGACGUGAAUAAUGCAAACACCGCCUUGUACAGUACCUUUUCAGUGGUGGGAUUUUUCGCAGGAUCGAUCGCGAACAAGAUUGGACUGAAGUUGACACUUUCCUUCGGCGGGUUUGGGUACUUCCUAUACGUGGCGUCGUUGCUGUCGUACAACCAUAAUCAGAAUGUUGGGUUUUUGGUGUUUGCGGGUGCGUUGUUGGGUAUUUGUGCGGGUCUGUUGUGGUGUGCUCAGGGGGCUAUUAUGAUGAGUUAUCCACUUGAGAGCCAAAAGGGCUCGUUUAUUGCUACUUUCUGGAUUAUUUUCAAUCUCGGUGGAGUUAUUGGAAGCUUGGUCCCCCUUGGCCAAAAUAUACACUCAACGGCCGGCGAGGUCAACGACGGAACCUACAUCGCCUUCAUGAUCCUCAUGGCAAUCGGCUUCCUUCUUGCCUGGGGCCUCUCAGACUCCAAAUACAUCAAACGCAAGGACGGCUCCAGAGUCAUCGCCAUCAAACAGCCUACAUGGAAGACCGAGAUCAUGGGUCUUUUCGAAACCCUUCGUCACGACUCCUACAUCAUUUUGAUGUUCCCCAUGUUUCUUGCCAGCAACUGGUUUACCGCAUACCAGUUCAACGCCGUGAACGGGUCUUACUUUAACAUUCGCACUCGCUCAUUGAACAGUCUGCUUUACUGGCUCAGUCAGAUGAUCGGCGCUUUUGUAUUUGGACAGUUACUUGACCUCAAGUUUUUGUCAAGGACUAUGCGCGCAAAGUUGAAUCUAGGGCUUUUGUUUGUGCUUACCAUGGGUAUUUGGGGUGGAGGGUAUGCGUUUCAGAGACAAUAUGAUCGUGAGACAGUCAAGCCUGAUAUGGACUGGAGUUCGCCCGGUUAUGUUGGACCUAUGUUUUUGUACAUGUUCUAUGGAUUCUAUGAUGCUUCUUUCCAGACAUGCACAUACUGGUUCAUGGGCUCCCUUAGCAACAACAGUCGCAAACUAGCCAAUUUCGCCGGAUUCUAUAAAGGAAUUCAAUCUGUGGGACAGGCAAUUACUUGGCGCAUGGAUGCGUUGAACACAUCUUUCAUACGCGAAUUCGCCGCUUGCUGGGGCAUCCUGGCCGGAUCUCUUGUAAUUGCGUCACCCGUGGUAUUCUUCCGGAUCAAAGAUUAUACAGAUGUUGAGGAAGAUCUCAAAUUCUCGGACGAGACUCUCAACGAGGUUGCUCCUGAUAGUGUUGUGGAAGAGAAGUAA